UCCAACAUAGCAACACCCAAAAGAUUUAGAUAACAAGAUAAACCUCGGACGCUGUCGCUGCAAAACCAAAACCAAAACCUUUCUAACAUCUCAACAACAACAAUGGCUUCUCUUUACUCUUCUCUCCUCUCGCCACCCAAUUUCCUUUCCCUCACAACCUCUCCGAGCUCCUCCGCUCACAUUAUGCGACCCCUUCUCACCCCACGACGCCGUUUCGGGAGACUCUUUGCGGUGGCCGAACAAGCUACGGUGACCGAGGCCGCCAGGAAGCUCUACGUUGGCAACAUUCCUCGCACUGUCACCAACGAUGAGCUUGCCAAGAUUGUUCAGGAGCAUGGUGCUGUUGAGAAAGCUGAGGUUAUGUAUGAUAAAUACUCUGGAAGGAGCCGUCGUUUUGCAUUUGUUACGAUGAAAACUGUUGAGGAUGCAAAUGUUGUGAUUGAGAAACUUAACGGCACUGAAAUUGGAGGGCGUGAAAUCAAAGUAAAUAUAACUGAAAAACCUUUAUCAACACUAGAUUUGCCUUUACUCCAAGCUGAGGAAUCCGAAUUUAUUGACAGUCCCCACAAGGUGUAUGUGGGCAAUCUGGCCAGGACAGUAACAACUGAUACUCUUAAAACGUUUUUCUCUGAGAAGGGAAGAGUUCUAAGUGCCAAGGUUUCACGGGUCCCUGGUACCUCAAAAUCCAGUGGGUAUGGUUUUGUUUCUUUUUCAUCAGAAGAGGAUGUAGAAGCUGCAAUCUCGUCUUUCAACAAUUCUUUGUUAGAAGGGCAAAAAAUUCGUGUGAACAAGGCUUAGCGAAUUAGCAAUGUUGCAGAGCAUGUUGUACCAUGUUUCUUCUAGCAGGAACAAAGUAUACUCUGAGGCUGAAACCACUAACAAAUGUCCUUGUAUAGCACAAACCUAAUCAUUUUCAGUUGAUAAGGUUCUAAUUUAUGAGUAAAAUAGUGGUUCAUGCUUCUGUUGUAGACAUUGCACCUUUAGUCCAGGAUAUUGAGACCUCACUAUUUCUUCAUGGUUGUGUUGCUCCUUUUUUAUCUGCUCCAAUGUUGCGAUUCUUGUUGAUAUAUGCAUGUAUUCAAUUCAUUUUUUUUGUCUGAAUUUGAGUUACCAUCAACAUUAUCAAUGAAUGAGGACUCUAGGAAGUUCAACAGUA